AUACAGAAUGUUGUCUCCAGUAACUGUGUUGUGAUAUUCUCCAAAACCACAAGCCCAUACUGUAAGAGGGCGAAGAAUGUCUUUAUUGAGAUCGGAGCUGCAUAUAAAGUUGUUGAACUGGAUGAGCACAAUGAUGGUAGACGUCUCAAGGAGACCUUAGCGCAAAUGACAGGUGCCAUAACAGUGCUAAGAGUCUUUAUUAACAGGCAGUGCAUUGGAGGAGGCAGAGAUACAAAACAGCUCCACCAGCAGGGGAAACUUCUGUCUCUUACUGAACAGUGUAGGCCAUGCUGUUUGAGUUCCAGCCCCGAGGGCUCAGGCAGCGCUCAAUAA